CGUUACUUUCCAAACCCAUUUUCCCGAUAUGGAAUUGGAAACCCUUUCUUCUCUUCUUUUGAUCUCUUGCACUUCAAGACCUCUCUCUUACAAAAUACAAAGCCCCUCUCAGAGUUAGCUCUCAGAUCAUCCUUUUGUUGAAGAAGAAGAAGGAGAAGAAAAAGAAAGAAAGAAAGAAAGAUGGGUCGUGGAAAGAUCGAGAUCAAGAGGAUUGAGAACCAAACCAACAGGCAAGUCACCUACUCCAAGCGACGAAAUGGUAUUUUCAAGAAAGCUCAGGAGCUCACUGUUCUCUGUGAUGCUAGGGUCUCGAUCAUCAUGUUCUCUAGUACUGGCAAGCUCCAUGAGUACACUAGCCCCUCCAUAACGACAAAGAAGAUCUACGAUCAGUACCAACAUGCUUUGCAUACUGACCUAUGGAGCUCACACUACGAGAGAAUGCAAGAAGACUUGAGGAAACUGAAAGAAAUUAACAAUAGACUGAGCAGAGAGAUAAGGCAGAGGGUGGGUGAGGAUCUGAACGGUCUGAGCCUAGACGAUCUACGUUCUCUUCAGCAUAAGGUGUCUUCUUCCUUGGACAUCGUACGCGCACGAAAGUACCACGUUAUCAAAACUCAGACCGAGACCUACAAGAAAAAGGUAAAGAACUUGGAGGAAAGACACGGCAAUCUCCUGCUCGAUCUUAGGGCAAGAUUGGAGGAUCCACAAUAUGGAUUAGUGGACAAUGAAGGAGACUAUGAAUCCACCAUUGCUCUGACAAAUGGUGCCUCCAACUUAUAUGCAUUCCGCUUGCAUAGCAGCCACCUGGAUCUUCAUCAUGCUGGGGGAUUUGAAACCGAGGAUCUGCGCCUUGCUUGAAUGGCAGUAGGAGUUGCAUCUCCAAUACAUGUUUAAUCUACUAUGUGUUUUUAUUUUCAGAUAAACUGUUUAAUUAAACUCAUGAUGCAGUAUGUAAGGGUUUUGAAGUUGGGCUCUAUUAUAUAGAUAUGGACAUUAUGUUUGCUAGCAAGUAUUGGCUGAAACUGUAAUUGCUUUUAAUGCACACUUCUUGUAUAUACUUUGUUUGUCACGAUGCAAUAUGUACGGUA